AUGUCUUUCCCCGGCCUGAAGAGGAGCUCCAGACUCACGGUUGUGCUAGGGACGUCCUCGAUCGUCGACGAGGUCACGCACGAGCCCAUCCUCUCGAUAUUGUCCUUGAUCGUCGAGACGGCCAUCAAGCUGAGGCGCGAUGGACAUAGAGUGGUCAUCGUGUCGUCGGGCGCCAUCGGCGUCGGCCUGCAGAGGAUGAACAUGCCCAAGCGUCCGAAGCACCUCGCGCAGAUCCAGGCACUCGCGGCCAUCGGCCAGUCCAGGCUGAUGUCGAUCUGGGACUCGCUGUUCGCGCACAUGAACCAGCCGGUGGCGCAGAUCCUCCUCACGCGCAACGACAUCGCCGACCGGAUCCAGUACCUCAACGCCCAGAACACGCUCGCCGAGACGCUCUCGCUUGGCGUCAUCCCGAUCGUCAACGAGAAUGACACGCUCGCCGUGUCCGAGAUCAAGUUCGGCGACAACGACACCCUCUCCGCCAUCACCGCGGCCAUGGUGCACGCCGACUAUCUCUUCCUCAUGACCGACGUCGAGGCCCUGUACGACAAGAACCCGCGCAAGUUCCCCGACGCCCAACCGAUCCUCGUCGUCGACGACAUUGACGCCCUCCAAGCCGACGUGUCGUCCGCCGGGUCGGCCCUGGGCACCGGCGGCAUGGCGACCAAGAUCGUCGCCGCGCGGCUCGCCACCGCCGCCGGCACGUCGACCAUCAUCACCAAGUCCUCGAAACCGGGCAACAUUGCCGCCGUGAUCCGGCACCUCCACCCUCCUCCAGCCGACCCCGAGACAGGCGAAAACGCGGAUCCCGUCCCCGCACCGCCGCUACACACACGCUUCGUCCCCUCCAGCAGUCCCAUCAGGAACCGCGCAUUCUGGAUCCUGCACGGCCUCGCGCCCCACGGCACCAUCUACAUCGACCGCGGCGCGAGCAACGCCCUCGUCAACAAAGCCGGCCUCCUCCCCGUCGGCGUCGUCGCCGUGGAAGGCAACUUUGCCCAGCAAGAGGCCGUCCGGCUCGUCGUGGUCGACAAGCAUCCGCUCGGCCGCCUCUCGCCGACCGGCGACUCGAGCGCCACCGCCAUGCACCUCGUCCUGAAGGGCGAGGAGAUCGGUCGUGCCGUCGUCAACUAUUCCGCCGGUGAGGUGGCCAGGAUCAAGGGCCUGAGGAGCGGUGACAUCAUCGGCGCCCUCGGAUAUGCGGACAGCGAGUACGUCGCCUACAGGGAGAACGUGAGUCUGCACAACACGUCCGCCGCGAGUCGCCCGGAGACUCCCAGUGGUUUCCGUACGCCCGUCAAGGAGAGGACCCCGGAGAGCAGCAUUGCGGAUUUGACUAUUGGGCAGUAA